AAGUCUCAGAUACAAUCAAAACACUGUUACUAACUGUAUUCUUCUUAUAAAUAAAAUUGUCAUGCUUAAAAUUGUUUCACUAUGAGAUUACAGUCCACACCGGGUGAGAAAAGUGUGAAAAGUCUGGUCAGUUUAGUGUUACAAAUGACUUUUGCCGUGCUUUUGUUCUGUGUUUUCUUCGCUUUGAGCGUUGAGAGUAAACCUUUAGCCGAAGAAGAACCAACUUGUGGCUACGAGGCAUGUCCCCAAGUCGGAUCUGACACUUUCAACGUCCACCUCAUCCCUCAUUCCCACGAUGACGURGGUUGGCUAAAAACCCCCGAUCAGUACUACUUCCAAGAUGUUCAAAAUAUAAUAAGCUCAGURGUUGACGCUUUGAAACAAAACCCUGAUCGAAGGUUCGUCCAAGUCGAAACCGCCUUCUUCCAGAAAUGGUGGGAGCAACAAAAGCCCUACACUCGCGACGCCCUUCAAAAACUGGUCAAUAACGGCCAAUUUGAGUUUAUUAACGCCGCGUGGAGUAUGAAUGACGAAGCUGCUGUCCAUUACCAAUCGACCAUCGACCAGUUCACUCUCGGUCUGAGAUACAUUCAAGACAAUUUGGGCAAAUGUGCUAGACCGAAAGUGGGUUGGCAAAUCGACCCUUUCGGUCAUAGUCGCGAGCAAGCGUCCAUUUCUGCCCAUCUGGGGUUCGAUAGUAUGUUUUUCGCCCGUUUGGACUACAGGGAUAAAAAUCGACGAUUGAAUAACCGAUCUAUGGACUUAUUAUGGAGAGGAAGCGCAAAUUUGGGCAACAGCUCGGAUAUUUUCACGUCAGUUUUGUAUAGACACUACAGCGCACCUCCUAACUUCUGUUUCGAUAUUGUUUGCAACGAUGCUGCAAUUAAUGACGAUCCUGAGUCUCCUGAUUAUAAUUGGGAGGACAGAGUCGGUGAAUUUGCAGAUUUUGUGCGCGAGCAAGCCAAGCAUUACCCCACCAACAAUAUUUUGGUCACUAUGGGGGAUGAUUUCAGAUACGAGGCUGCAAUGACUACUUAUAUGAACCUUGAUCUACUUAUCAAAGGUUUUGAAAGAUUUGAACAAAAAGUUGACGAUAAAAGAAUUAAAGUGCUCUAUUCGACCCCGUCUUGUUACACCAAAGCCGUGAAUGACUAUGUCAAUAGUAACAAUCAAACACUUGAAUUGAAAACAGAUGACUUUUUCCCAUACGCUGAUGGAGCUAACACUUACUGGACCGGUUAUUUCACGUCGCGACCGGCGUCUAAACAUUUCGAGCGUCAAGCUAAUAAUCUACUCCAAGUCGUUAAACAAGUAGCAGCAAACACAGAACAACCCUACGAUAGAGAGGAAAUAACCAUUUUGAAGGAAGCAGUCGGUGUGAUGCAACAUCAUGACGCUAUCACUGGUACUGAGAAGCAACACGUGGCCAAAAACUACCAUUUUCUGCUAUCUCGAGGAAUGAAAAGCGCAAAUGAUUAUGUUGGUGCAUUGCUUUCUAUUUUGAUCAGUAGAGAUGCGUUUGAUUUUGAAUUUGACUCAUGUCUGCUUGCUAACGUUAGUUCGUGUACCCAAACCGACUCUGAUAAGUUUACUCUCGUGGUCUACAACCCCCUUAGUCAUAAAACCACAACUACAGUCAUGCUACCAGUUUAUGAUAGAACUAGUUGGAAAAUUACGGAUCCAGAUGCCAACUCAGUAGAUUAUCAAAUCGAUUCGUCUCUUACUGAUUUCACUUACGUCGAAGAUGCCACUACUUCUGCAAACACACUACAAUUUGCAGCCAAAGAUUUACCACCCCACGGUUUCAAAGUCUAUCAAUUUGAAGCUACGACACAAAAAGUGGAAACUGUAAAACCAAGCCCGAGACGAGUAGUAGGAUAUGAUGACGCUAGUUUUGAAAUUAGCGAACAAACAGGUCUUUUAGAAGCCGUCACCUUGAACGGAAUCCGCGUGGAAGUGACUCAAGAUUUCCAAUACUAUGAAAGUCAAGACAGUAGUGGGGCUUAUAUUUUCGUCCCWCAAGACCAAGAAGCUAAACGUAUUGCCUCAGGUCCCAUCAGCACAACUCUCGUCACCGGAAACGUCUCACAAGGAGUGUUACAAGAAUUCGGGUCGUGGGCACGCCAGUUCAUCAAAGUCUACAACGACGACCGAAGCUUCAUAGAGUUUGAUUGGAUCAUCGGGCCWAUUGACAUCAGUGACAAAGUCGGCAAAGAAGUUAUAACAAAAUUCACAACAUCGUUGAAAAAUAAUGGAAACUUUUACACCGAUUCAAACGGACGCGAAUUCAUGAAACGAACGAAAAAUCACCGACCGGAUUAUGACUACAGUGAUGAACAACCRGUUUCUGGAAAUUACUAUCCAGUGAAUAAUAGAAUUGCGAUUCGAGAUGAGGARCAAAACAUCGAACUUGCGAUCAUUACGGAUAGGUCACAAGGAGGUGCAAGUCUCAGUGAUGGAGAAGUGGAGCUUAUGGUGCACAGAGCUUGCCAACAUGACGAUGGUAGAGGUGUUGGGGAGAAUUUGAACGAGCAAGAAUUUGGUCAAGGGAUCAAAGUUAGAGGAAAACACUACUUAGUUGUAGGCCCAACUUCUGGAAACGACAAAAAAUCACUCGCUGCCAUUGAAAGAGACAUAGCCCAAAGAAAAACAGUAGCACCUUGGUUCUUCGUUUCAAACAAAGACGCAACUGGAGCCCUCAACCAAUUAGAAUACAGUGGUUUGAAGACCGAUUUGCCCGACAAUGUCCAUCUUUUGACACUAGAACCUUGGGAUGACGAUACUGUCCUCUUGAGACUCGAGCAUGUUUUAGAAAAAGGUGAAGAUGACAACUUGUCGAAAGAUGUAACAGUAGAUCUAUCCGAUUUAUUCACAUUUUUCACCAUCAACGAACUACAAGAAACUACUCUGGGAGCUAAUAUGCUUUUGGAAGAAAAUGUAAGACUGCACUGGCCAGGUAGUACUGAUUAUAGUACCCAAAAAAGUAAAAGAGACGUGACUGAUCUGAAAGUGACUUUGUCACCAAUGGAAAUCAGAACAUUUUUAGCGAAAAUUACUUACAAUCCGUUGUAAUUUCAACUGAUAAUAAAUUAUUAA